GUUUGAGAAAAAAAAAAAGCAAUAUUUUGCAUAAAUAAUGUAAAAACAAUCAUAAAUCCAGCGAGGCGUCCCAUGUUAAUACAGCGAAGGCGACAGGGCCGUGAGACAUCCGUCAAGACCCAAAAUGCUAUCUGUUUGUUUCUGGUUUCCCUUUUCAUUAAAAAAAAGGAAAAUAAUAAUUACGAAAUUAUUGCUCAUACUAAGUGCUACUAUAUUCUGCUUUUAACGCGCGCGCACACUCUCUAUCGUGCUCGACUCGACGACAAUCGCUUCUCGACAAGAGAAGCACUGCUUAGGCUCCGCAGCUUUACACACACUGCACACUCAUCUGUCCAAGAUCGUCUCUUUUGGAAUUUUCUCCUUGAAUCAGGAAAAUGGCCGGGCUGUGCAAUUUGGUGUGGUUUGGUUUUGUUGUAUUGUUAUGGGCAAAAUCUGGCAAUUGCGAGUGGGAAACUUGCUCGGGCAUUGUGCGGAUGAAGUACAGAUACGAUAAGAUAUCAAUAGCCGAUUUUGGAGGCGUUGGGGACGGCGUGACUCUCAACACCAAGGCAUUCAGGGCGGCGAUUUACAGAAUAGAGCAUUUGAGGCGGCGAGGUGGGACCCUCCUCUACAUUCCUCCCGGAGAAUAUUUGACCGGUCCCUUCAAUCUCACCAGCCGGAUGACUCUUUACUUGGCUAGAGGCGCCACCAUCAAGGCCACAAUGGAGACUACGCAGUGGCCCUUAAUAGCACCAUUGCCAUCUUACGGAAGAGGAAGAGAACGGCCGGGAGGAAGGUACAUGAGCUUUAUCCAUGGGGAUGGGCUACAUGAUGUCAUAAUCACAGGGGAAAAUGGCACGAUCGAUGGGCAAGGAGGCGUCUGGUGGGGCAUGUGGAGGCAGAGAACUCUCAAGUUUACCAGGCCAAACCUUAUUGAGUUAAUGAACUCUAGAAAUAUAAUAAUUUCAAAUGUUAUAUUCAAGAACUCACCCUUUUGGAACAUACACCCCGUGUACUCAAGCAAUGUCGUGAUUCGAUAUGUCACCAUACUGGCCCCUGCCGACUCUCCCAACACUGAUGGAAUUGAUCCAGACUCGAGCUCCCACGUGUGCAUAGAGGACUCGUUCAUCUCGACUGGUGAUGACCUCGUGGCCGUGAAGAGUGGGUGGGACGAGUACGGCAUUUCCUACGGCCGCCCGUCCCAUGGCAUCACCAUCCGCCGCCUCACCGGCUCGUCCCCGUUCGCCGGAAUCGCCGUCGGCAGCGAGACUUCCGGCGGGGUGAACGACGUCCUCGCCGACCACAUCACCCUCUUCGCCACUGGAAUCGGCAUCCACCUCAAGACCAACACCGGCCGAGGUGGAAUCGUCCGCAACAUAACCGUGUCAAACGUGUACUUGGAAAACGUGCGCACCGGAAUCAAGAUCUCCGCAAAUGUUGGGGACCACCCAGACGCGGGUUACAAUCCCAAUGCUCUACCGAUUCUAAAGGACGUGGUGAUUAGGGACGUGUGGGGAGAAGGGGUGGGGCAGGCGGGGUUGAUCCAUGGUUUGAAGGAUGCGCCUUUUACUGGGAUUUGCCUGGCCAAUGUUCAUCUCGGAGGGAAGCGUGGGCCCGGAGAUUGGCAGUGCUCGGACGUGAGUGGGGCUGCGGUGCGGGUUAGCCCGUGGCCGUGCGCGCAGCUUAGUGGGCCUCGUUUGGGGUACGGAGCGUGCUCGUCUUCUUUCUGAUUUUGGCACGUGGUAAUUGGUUUGUUUAUCUGUUAUUUUUUGGGGUAAAAUGUGUUUUCCAAGUGUUGAGAAACUGAAACUGUGCUCUGGGAUUCAGAGGUUUUAAUUUCAUGUCUUGAUUGAAUUGUAUUGAUAUAGUAUUGCCAAAAUCUUCAUUGAAAUUAAUUCAAGCUGAAGGGAAAUAAGUACACAGAUAGUCACCAUAACUUCCAACGCAGAAAGCUUCUACUUUUUUAAUACAACAUAGAAACAGAGACCCAAAUCUUAUUCAUGUAGCAUGAUUAUUUUAGAAGAAAGUACAAGAUUCUCUUAUUUACUACUACUUUUGAGUUUUGAGCCAAAUUGUUACUCCAUCCAAGUCACAAACAGGGGUGUUCUAGAAAUAUUGGUCCAAGAACUUGCGCACGCGCCUCAUAAAUACGCCAUUCUUCUUCAACUUCGUUUCUUCCUCCUCAUUCUCUAGUCUCUGACUUUUCUUCAAUUUCUUCAAAACAUUGAUUUCUCUCUCCCGUUCGGACACAAUCUGCUUGAUUCGAUUUAAAUCCUCGACAUUGCGGCUGUCGUGACCCUGCAGACCCAUCCACCGUCCAGAGAUCUUCCGGCCUCCGCCGUACACCACGGGCACCUCGAAGUCGCUGUUCUCGCCGGAGGUAAAGAUCACGUCGUCUGCGACAGAGAUCUGAUUAUUUUCCUUCGUUUUCCGGUGGAUCUUGUGGAUGUGGAUGCAGGAUCGACUUAAUCGGACCGGAAACCGGCGGUUGAUGGCCCGGAAAGUGAUUUUGUUCAGUGGCACGGUGGGGACGUUGAUUCUGUUGAGCUGCUUUCCGUGGUUGACUGGAACCUUGUGGACGGCGGCACGGGAAGAGACCGCGUCAUCAACAGGCGGCGCGUGUUCGGCGAGUGAGAGGGAUAAUAAGCAGAAGAGGGCGGCGACGGUGGGACUGGAUUUAGCCAUGGUGGAGGUUUACGAUUUUUUCAGUCGAGUUUAGUUUAAUAUGGGGCGAUUUUGGGGACUUGAAUAUUNAUAU